AGGUCGUACUGAUGCACAGCGUAAAAAGCACUAAAUGAAAGACAUGCAGUCUCCUCCUGCAUACUCAUAUGUGUUGUGUGGAAAAGGCAUGCAGAGCCUUUAUUAUUGAACUCCGUCACUCUUCCUCCCUUCCAGCACGGAUUGAUUAAGGUGCGUUUUGCUUUCAUCUGUCCCAUUUGUUGGACCUACUGCUGGAGGAAAAGCUGCAGUCAGUGGCUGGCUCGUGGUUUAUCUACCGCUCUUACCUGCACUCAUGCACACAAACACAAGAAGUCGUCUGUUUGAGUUUCUAGCACAUGGCUUGAGACCAGGCAUGCCUCCAUCCAGCCGCAUGACCCCGCAGGGACCCGCCAUGGGCCCACCAGGAUAUGGCGGCAGCCCGGUGUCUCGUCCUGGGAUGCCUGGCGUGAUGGACCCAUCCCGGAAAAGGCCAGCCCCUCAGCAGAUCCAGCAAGUUCAGCAACAGCAGAACCGCAACCAGCAUACAAAGAAGAAGAAGAUGGCUGAUAAAAUUCUACCUCAGAGGAUCAGAGAACUGGUCCCAGAGUCUCAGGCUUACAUGGAUCUUCUGGCUUUUGAAAGGAAGCUGGAUCAGACCAUCAUGCGCAAAAGGCUUGACAUUCAGGAGGCCCUUAAAAGGCCUAUAAAGCAAAAAAGAAAGCUUCGGAUUUUUAUAUCCAACACCUUCAACCCUGCGAAGCCUGAUGCUGAGGAUGGAGAGGGCACAGUUGCAUCAUGGGAGCUGCGUGUUGAAGGGCGGCUCUUAGAAGAUACUGCCGUGUCCAAGUAUGAAGCAACCAAGCAAAAAAGAAAGUUUUCCUCCUUCUUUAAGUCCCUUGUAAUCGAAUUGGACAAAGACCUGUAUGGACCAGAUAACCACCUUGUGGAAUGGCACAGAACUGCCACCACCCAGGAGACAGAUGGUUUCCAGGUGAAGAGGCCCGGUGAUGUGGGAGUUCGAUGCACCGUCCUGCUCAUGCUGGAUUACCAGCCCCCUCAGUUCAAGCUGGACCCGCGACUGGCCCGCAUGUUGGGUAUCCACACCCAGACCAGACCUGUCAUUAUUCAGGCUUUAUGGCAGUAUGUUAAAACACAUAAACUCCAAGAUCCACAUGAGCGCGAGUUCAUCAACUGUGACAAAUACCUCCAGCAAAUUUUUGAGACUCAGCGAAUGAAGUUUUCCGAAAUCCCACAGCGCUUGCACGCACUGCUGAUGCCUCCAGAACCCAUCAUCAUCAACCAUGUGAUCAGUGUGGAUCCCAAUGAUCAAAAGAAGACAGCUUGCUAUGACAUUGAUGUGGAGGUGGAUGACACGCUGAAGACCCAGAUGAACUCAUUCCUGCUCUCCACAGCCAGUCAGCAGGAAAUUGCUGGAUUGGAUAACAAGAUCCAUGAAACUAUUGAGACCAUCAACCAACUGAAAACCCAAAGGGAGUUCAUGUUGAGUUUUGCCAGGGAUCCUCAGGGUUUUAUCAACGACUGGCUUCAGUCCCAGUGCAGGGAUUUCAAGACAAUGACGGAUGUUGUGGGAAACCCAGAAGAGGAGCGGAGAGCAGAGUUUUACUACCAGCCGUGGGCUCAGGAGGCAGUGUGUCGCUACUUCUACUCCAAGGUCCAGCAGCGGCGGCAGGAGCUGGAGCAGGCGCUUGGAAUCAGAAACACUUGAAGAGGAUUUUCCCCGUGGAACAUCCCGUCAGGAUGAAGAUGGGCUGAGUUGUGCUGUUGGAGUUGAUUAAUGUGUGUUUGUUGGGUGUUCAAACUGAAGUCCUCAAAUUUUUCAAACGAAAUUAAACAAAACUUUGAGAGAAUGGAUGAUAAAUGACUUUACUGUUAAAUAGGAUGUCGUUUUUUGGUUUUCUCCAUGCAGAUUAACAACAUUUAGGUUGGAUUCUGCUUUAGAUUUCAUGUAAAGGUUUUCUUUCUUUCUGAUGCUUAGUUAGCUUAAACACAUUCCUUUCAUUUUGAUACACUGACACAAAUGUUGGAUUUUCCUUGGAAACUUUAAAUGGAACAUUUUCCUGGAACAACAAAGAAAGGUUGAUCCAGCUGAUGCUCUUUUGUGUUUGUUGUAUUGGGACUAAAAUGACAUUUUACGCUCCUAACCAGCCUUCAGGUGCUCACCUGUGGAGGUAAAUAUUGAUUGUGAUUGUGUUGGGCUUCUUUGCUGCAUAUUGACUGUUUGUGUCACUUGGAUUUGGCUGUGUUGGUUCGUUUUGACAGCGCCACGGUCUGUAUGUGGGGCAUUUCACCGCUCAGUGAGUCAUGGCACAACAUGCAGUGUUGCAGCGCAGUGGUUAUCUUUUUUUAAUGUUUCCAUUUGAUAUUAAGUUUAGUCCUUUCUUCUUUGUUGCUGUUAGUGAUCUUUGUUUUAAAAUAUGUAUUACAUCCAUACUUGUCUUGUUAGGUAGUACAGAUAAUCAUGAAAGUAGCUAGUAUGGGUACCUCUAGUCUAUAUAGUUUUGUAAAUACUGAGCAAAAAUAAAAACUUCAGAUGGAUAUGAAGUUAACCUCUAUCUUUGUCUUAAGUUUCUGUCUACUCUGAUUGUUGACCCUGGUAUUUAUGUCAAUCGGCCCGACUGUCAGUGCAGUGAUUGGGCUCUUCACUGUUCAUUCAGCGCUCACAUUUAAGGAACCGCCUCUCUGUACACCAACAUGCUUUCAGAAUUGUCACCUAUUAAAUUGGGGUAGGUUCAGACUUCUGCCUUAUUAGGUUUGACAUAUUUUAUUAAUGUUCGGAGAAACUGUGGCAGAGGCCGAUAAGAAUCACUCUAGUUCUUUCCUACGGUGACAAAAGACCUGCUAAAUCAGGUCGUUUCCUUGUUGCAGGUUAAGAAGAGUGUCAGGAAGAAUUUGGACUUGUGGGUUUUAUCCAUUCAAAGAAUACACUAAAGUGGGUUUGGGCUGGAGAGCCUCGGAGAUGUAAAACACUGAGUGGACUCUAGAGUUAUGUGAAUCUGCGUUUUUCAUGGACCAAACCUAUUUUCUGUAUGUUCCUAUGUUAUAAUAAAGGAUAUGUAAAAAGUA